ACGGUACGUUACACGCGAGCAUUUAUCGUGAUGCCCGUAUUGAUGUUUGUGGCGUCCAAGCAUGCACUGUUGCAACCCUCCUGUCAGACGCAUGUGGCGCUCGUGGCGACUACAAGACGCAUUUAUUAUGCUACUCUUCCUUGAUCAUCCUGGAUUUAUUGAGCGUUCCCUCAGAGGUACACAAUAUAAUGGUCAAACAGAUGUGGUGAAAUGGUCAACAUUCUGGGAAACAUUUCAAAAAGAUGUCGAGAAUAUCACUCUACUUGCCACUGUGCUGCUGACCGCAAAUGUCGGCUUCCUGGCAAUCCAAACUGUUGAUAGCCCCAAUGGAUUGCAUUCCUGGCCUCAGCGAUUGAGCUAUAUGUCUCCUUGCUGCAUUAGGCAGCAUCUUGAUGGGAUUGACUGUCAGGACACCAAGACGCUUUACAGCUUACAACACAGCCUACUUCCAAGUGAUGACAUUGGUUCCAGGGUUUCCAUUUGAGCUUUUCUUGUACAGGCGUCAUUGUUUUCUUUGUCGCUGCACUUAUUGAACGCUUCAGGCUUAAUGAAGCAACACUGCAAAAUAUCGCGGCCUCUGUCAUCUUCUUCCUUGUCAUCAUGUGCCUCUUUUUAUACUGGCUCAUCACAGAGCCAGUAGGGGAACAAAAAGUUCCUUCCCAGACAGAUGUGGAGGUGGCAGUAUCUAACUAGGUGGCUUUCAAGGAGGCAAGAUUGUGAUGGUCAUGAUAAUUGUGUUGGUAUCCAUCCCGUGAAAAUAAUAUGAUAGAUAUGUACUGUGGAACAUAUGUAUGUAGUAGGUCAC